AAUCUAGUUCGCAUCUGACAUCAUGGACAGCAGAGUGGUGUUGUUUUGUUUUCUUGGAAUACUGAUUGGGAAUACUGCAACUGCUUAUGAGAACAUAGCAUUAAACAAGUCGGCAUGGCAGCAGUAUCCGUAUCCUAGAAGGCCAUGGGGAGCGGAUAAAGCUGUGGAUGGGCGGUAUUCAGACAGAUCAGCUGUAGGAGGACAAUGUACGAUAUCUGACAACAGUCAAAAAACAGCCACCUGGCGGGUGGAUCUAGGAGAUGUACAUCGUAUUCACCAUAUAACUAUCUAUACCAGGACGGACAAUUUACCUUGGGACGCAAGUAACGGUUACACAGCUCGGUUCCUUGGCUUCUCUGUUUACGUUUCAAACUCGACAAACAAAGACGAUGGAAUUCUAUGUUUUAAGGAUACAAUGUACACUAGGUCCACAAUACCAAACAAUGUAACCAUAGAGUGUGUUAAAAACGGACGAUACGUCAUUUAUUACAAUGAUAGACUCCCACUAGUUCUGUACCCUGAGGAAUAUUCAUAUUACUCUUUCAGCGAGCUUUGUGAGCUUGAAGUUUAUGGAUGUCCUAUACCAGAAUUAUACGGAGAAAACUGUAAUAUACCGUGUCCACAGAAUUGUCAGGAGAGACAUUGUAACAUCGUUGACGGGACUUGUCUUGGAUGCGUUGAAGGUUACAGGGGCUCACGAUGUGAAAAAAAAUGUGACAAUAAUAGCUAUGGACUUGAGUGUAACCUAACUUGUGGUAACUGUAGCAACAGAGAACAAUGUGAUCACGUGAACGGAAGUUGUCCUCACGGAUGCGACAAAGGGGCGCAAGGAGAUAAAUGUAGAGAAGCGUGCCCCUUUGGAAGACACGGAAAGAACUGUGUAGAGUUCUGUACACAAAACUGUAGAGGAGGUUGUAACAGAUUUACUGGUGCCUGUGAGUCUGGGUGUAACCCUGGAUGGAAGGGAAAAUUUUGUGAGAAUGAAUGUGAUGGUAAUACUUUUGGACUAAAUUGCAAUCAGAAAUGCGGGGUCUGUCUUAAUAAAGAACAGUGUCAUCAUUUAAAUGGGACAUGCCCGAAUGGUUGCGAUAGAGGAUACCAAGGAACCAGCUGUACACAAGCAUGUCAAGGCGGGCGAUACGGAUACAACUGUCAGGAUAUGUGUAGCAUCAACUGUAAAGAUCCCAUGAAUUGUGACCCAGUAUCAGGACACUGUAGUGCCUGUUUUCACGGUUGGUAUGGUAGAGAAUGUAAAGAACGAUGCGGAUACUGUAGAGGAAACGAACAAUGUCAUCACGUGACAGGUUCCUGCUCUGGAUUGUGUGAACCUGGAUAUUCUGGAGAUCAGUGCUUAGACAGUGUGUUUUCUCAACACAUUGCAAAUCAGAGAGCAAUGAUUAAAUUAAUGAGAAAAUUCCUUGCUUUUAAAUUGCGCAGAGGUCAAAUGAGAGAAAACGGCACUUCCCCGACAGACUUUUAAUAAAGGGGAAAUACUCCCUAUGUGAUAGAACUUCAUCUUCUGAUUAUUUACUUGAAAUAUAUUUUAGUACAUCUGUAACAUUUCUUGUAUUUGUAUAAUAAUGUUAAGUUUACCUUUCCCAUCUUUCCUUUGACCUAAAAACUACAUUUGUCAUCUUACAUCCUUUUACAACAGCUCAAGCAAACCUACAAUGAUCUUUAACUGCUAUAACAUUUACUUUCAUAUACUUCCUAUAACUAACCGUCUUUCUUGAAUAAUGAGUAUAUUUUUCUAAAGAUUGGGCUAAACAAUGUGUGGAUAAAAACAUUUUUUUUUAAU